UAAUGGUGGAGAAAGUGCUAUUGGUUUUAGUUUCUUAGAGUCAUGGGAAGGGUUAAGUUGAAAAUAAAGAGAUUGGAGAACACUGCAAAUAGACAAGUGACAUAUUCAAAAAGAAGAAAUGGAAUUUUGAAGAAAGCUCAAGAACUGUCGAUACUAUGCGACAUAGAAAUUAUACUUCUCAUGUUUUCGCCUACUGGAAAACCAACAUUAUUCCGUGGAGAACGCAGCAAUAUUGAAGAGGUUAUUGGAAAAUUUGCUCAGCUAACGCCCCAAGAAAGGGCGAAAAGGAAACUUGAGAGCCUUGAAGCACUGAAGAAAACCUUUAAGAAGAUGGAUCAUGACGUGAAUAUACAAGAGUUUUUGGGUUCAAGGGUUAGAUCAAUUGAGGAAUUAGCCAAUCAAGUUAGGACAUUGAAGGCACAAUUAACAGAAGUGCAUAGAAGAUUGAGCUGUUGGAGUAGUCCUGAAAAAGUUGACAAUGUUGAACAUCUUAUGCAGAUGGAAGAUUCCCUAAAGGAAUCACUCAAUCGAAUCCGAAUACAUAGGGUUUCUUCAUAUUCUUAUAAUCUAAUUUCCUUUUUCAAAAUAUGUUAUUAUAGAAUAUGAUUAGAGAUGACCUCAAAAGUCACUCAAAACCAUCUAUUAAUAUUGAUUAUGAGAAAUUAUGUUAACUUGUUGAAUGCUCUUACAUAAUUUUGCAGGAAAAUUUCGCAAAAUUCCCACUAAUGUCAAUGGAAUCCACAAGCCAGUUCCGGACUGGGAUGUGCAUGCCUUUAACAAUGGCUGGAACAUCAGAAGGCCAACCAUUAUCAUGGCUUUCUUCUAACGAGGAUCAACACAUGACAAUGUCGAUUGAGCCCAAUUUUCUUUCUCAGAGGUGAGUUAAUACUUAUUA